GACUACCCCUGGGUGGAAUCCGCCGCCGCCGCCGCCGCGGUCUUCGGCGCCGCUUUCCUUUGCUGCUCGUGGUGGCCCUCUUGUUCCAGAAGAGGGGAAAAUCGUUGGGAGUACUCGUGCUGUGGGAAAAAGGAAACUCGUUAAGGGUUGCGCUGCGGCAAAAGGCAAAAUCGUUAAAAGUCGCGCUGCCGGGAAAGGGAAAAGCGUUAAGAGUGGUCGUGUUAGAUUCGGAUGAGGACGAGAAGCCAUAUGAAAGAACCAAAACCAGGCCGGAGGAUAGAUUACUGUAUUUCUAUCCCGACGAGAUCACUUGCGACGACCUGAGUGGCGAGGAAUUGGAACCCGAUUUUCACGAAAAGUAUUUCCCUCUUGUUACCCAACGACAAAUAACCUUCAAUGAAUAUCCACAACGCGUAAUCUACAGCAAGAUUUUUAAGCGAUAUUGCAGGCAAGCUAAUUCUAGUCAGGUUCGUCUUGUCUUCAAUAUUGUGUUGGUCUGAUUGGCAUUUCACUACUCUUUUCUGAUUGUGUGAAUUCAUGUAUCUGUCAGGCAAUAUCCGAGGAAUAUCAUAAUUUAUUUUUUAUGUGUUCGUAUAUGAUUUGCUUGAUUGUUUUUUGUGAAAAUUGAUGCCUAUUGAUCUUAACACAAUUAUGAAUGAUCGUUUCGUAUAUCUCAGAACAGGUGCUCUUCUCUUUCCUCCCUUUACUGUAUUAGAUUGAAUUUGUCUCUUACUUUGACUGAUCUAAUUGUGUGUGUGCCUUUCAGUGUAGGGGUUCGAUGUUGAGCAAUUAGUACCUCCAACUCAGUUUUCCCAUAUUGUCCCUUGGUCCUAUCAAAGAGAAAAGCUCUUUCAAUCAAUCUCUUGAUAAAGUUUCUGGCAUAGCGGAAUUGGCUCCCAGCCGAUAUAAUGGCCGUUUUGUUAUGCACAAUUCAAGUGGAGUUAGCAGAGGGUCCGGAUUUGUAUAAUUCUCAAUUCCUGAAUAAGUAUUUGGAGCUGUAUGUUACUACUACCUCCGUCCCACAAAAAAGUUCCCAUUUUGACCAUAAAUUGGUCAAACUGUUACACACUUUGACCCUAAAUUAAAUAUAAUCUAAAUAAAUAAAUGCUAAAAACAUUUGAGAUAUCAAAACUAGAUCCUAAGAUGAAUCCAAUUAUAUAAAAUUUAUUCCAUAAUUCAAUAUACCUUUCUCACAAUUUAUAGUCAAAGUGUGUAAAUAUUUGACUAAGUACUAUUCAAAAUGGGAACUUUUUUGUGGGACGGAGGGAGUAUUAUUUAUUAUAUGGUAGUAAUUGAGUCUAUUUGUUUACCUUAUCUUCAUGGUAGAGAGUAGGAUCUGAUUCAUGCAUUUUGAUUAUUAUAGCUUUCUAAUUUGAAUGGGAAAACGGUGGUGUUCAAACCACUAUAUGGUCCUUUGGUGAUGCAGAAUGAAGCAGUAAAAAAGCCUCCAUGGACAUGGUUAUCAGUUCUGCGAAGUUGCAGCUCAAAAGGAUAGCUUGUAAUUAGCAAGAAUGAGAUGUCUUUGAGAACCUCUAGGGUUGAAGCAUGGAAAUAUGGAGGCGAACCUUCUUUUUUGUCGGAAAGAGUAGAGGCAAAGACCCAAAGAUAGUGAGAAUAAGAAAUCAGAAGUAGAAAGGCUCUCGAGCACCCUCUUGCUAACUCUCCAUCAGAGAUGGAACACCAAGAGUCAACUUGAAAUCGGUUGCGCCUGGCGGAGAGCUACCGUUUCAAACAGAAGUAGAGAUGAUUCCUCCUUCCGUAUAUGGCUACAGAACAAUUUUUCUAUUCAUAUAUAUAUAUAUAUAUAUAUAUAUAUAUAUAUAUAUAUAUAUAAAGAGGUGAUGUUUGUUUAUUCGACUAAAUUUGGCUAAAUUUUCCCUAAAUUAAUGUUUUUGAAGUUGUUUAUGUGUUUUCUUUGUUUGUGUUUCUAUGCUCUAAGCCAAGCCAUGGGUUUCUAUAAACAACCUCUCUAGUUUUAAGCUAAGUUUGCAUUGAGACGGAGACAUGGACUUAUGCGAGGACGGGGUUAGAAGCGUGAAACGUCAAAUUUUUUCAGAAAUUAUAAAGUAUUUGGGUGUGGGGACGCCCCCAAGUACCCGAACGGGAAUGUUUUGGGGAUGGGAAGCAGCACCUGUCUCGCGAGACCACUUUUUGUGAGAUUUUUCUUAUGUGCGUAUGUGCACAUGGUAGAGCUUAUGGGCACAUGGUAGAGCUCAAAGGGAUUUAUUUGUACAGAGGCAUUAGCGGUAAAAAAAAAGGAUCUCAGUUGGAUUGAAUCAAAAGGUUGGACGCAAGUGGAGGUUGAAACUCAUUGCAACGACGUUGCGGAGGUGCUUCAUAAAUUCUUCAUAGGAUUGAUUUUCUCUUCAAUUAUUGAUGAUUAUAAACCCUUGUGUUAGGUGGGAGGUUUUUUUUCUACUUUAAAGUUCGUGUAUUGCUCUGCUAAUGAGGCGACACUUGUAUUGACGCAAGAUUUUCAUUUUUCACAUAGCAAAGGUGAAUGGGUCCUCACCCUCCAAUCUUUAUCAUCGCGUUCAUUUAACAUUUUGUUUGCUUUAAUAAGAUUAGCCAUGCCUUCUACGCCGUCGAUCUCUAGGUACUCCCCCAAUAUCCACCGUCCGUUUCAUCCUCAUUUUCUCCGCAUUUCCUCAACUCUUCUAAUCUCAUCUUCGCAACUCUUCCUGUUCGCCUCAAGUGAGAAUGGCGGCUCUGCGACAAACUCCGAUCACUUUCCGGCCGUUCUCUCCCCCGUCGGCUAAAAUCAUCGUCUCGCCGGCGGCGACGCUCUCCUUCUCCGGAGGCCUGCGACUUCCGAAGUUCGCGAUCAAGCCGCCUUACGCCGGAAGACUCUCCCGCCGCCGCGGCGCGGUUGUUGCGCAAAUGUCGGAUUCGGCUGCACCGAGCUACGCCUCCGCGCUCUGCGAGGUCUCGAAGUCGAGCGGGAACCUGGAGCAAACCUCCGCUGACUUGGCGAGGAUCGAGGAGAUCUUCGCUGACGAUUCGGUGCUCGAUUUCUUCUCCAGCCCGGUGAUGAGCGACGAGGCGAAGCUCUCGCUGAUCGACGAGAUCGCCGAAUCCGCCGGAUUCCAGACGCACACGGCCAAUUUCCUGAAGGUGCUGGUGGAGAUGGAGCGAAUGGAGCUGAUCAGAGAGAUCUUGAAGGAGUUCGAGACGGCCUACGACCGGAUGACGGAGACGGAGCUGGCGGUCGUGACUUCGGUGGUGAAGCUCGAGUCGCAGCACCUGGCGCAGAUCGCCAAGGGCGUCCAGCGCCUCACCGGAGCGAAGAAUGUCCGGAUCAAGACGGCGAUUGAUCCGUCUCUGGUCGCCGGGUUCACGAUCCGGUUCGGGAAUUCCGGGUCGAAGAUGAUCGACAUGAGCGUUAAGAAGCAGCUUCAGGAUGUUGCUGCGCAGAUUGAGAUGGGAGACAUUCAGUUGGCCGUAUAAUCAAAAUUUCCCCCCCCCCCCUUUUUCCCCCAAUUUACUCUCCAAUUCAGUCUGCAAAAUCAUGAAUGUUGUAAUGAAUGGAAUUUAAUUAUUCAUCAUUUGAUACAAUAUGGAAUAUGACAUUUUGUAUAUAUUCUUAGUAUACUUGCAAGGAUCAUGCAACACUCAUGAAGAUUGUAAUAUGCACCUUGCACUAUCUGUUU